CUCCAAUGAGUGAGGAGCUUCCGGGUGGGGCUGGGGGGUCUGUAGAGGAGAUGUUUCCAUCAUUGGAAACAUUGUCAAAACACCAGCUGGGAUCAGACCUUGUUCUUGGCCCUGGAGAUGUGUCCCAACCACCUGGGUUGAGGCCCCUGCCAUGGUAACCGGCGCUGACGGGAACCCAGAGACGAUUUUUCUGACACCCAGGACAAAGCAGGUGAAGAUCCUCUGAAAGCCAAGACCAGUGGUUGAACGUGCAGGCUUGGACUUAGAGCCCAAAUUCAGGCCCAACCACUUGCCAGCUGUGCGACCUCAGACAUGAGCCUCUGCUCUCUGAAUCUCAUGCUGCUUGUUAUCGAAAGAGCGUACUGAUAUCUCGGCCAUGGGACCGUGUGAAUCAGAUUCAAAGCUUGAAAUCUGGGGAGAGGAAAGCCAGUGACGCCCCGAGCAGCUGAGUUCGCCUGAAGGGAAUUGGAGCGUAGAGCCCGGGAGUCCUGACCCGCUGCCUUGCCUCCUGCAGGUCUGUAGGACAGUCCCUCAGGUGGCACUACGUGGAGACGAAGUGCCCAGAGUGGUUCCUUCCAGGUGUCUUCUUCCUGCCCCCACCAAAGCCUGAGCCUCACCUACGCCCACAGCUGCCCUGCAAGUUCAUCAUGCUGACGGAAGACAUGAAGUUCUGGCAUGGCUUAGUGAUCGCAGUGGUGUCCCUCAUUCUACAGACCUGCCUCUUCGCUGCCAUCAACUACCUGCUCAGCAGGCACAUGGCCAGCCAGAGUGAGCGGAUCCUGAAAGGGGCCAGGCUCCAGGCCCCCUGGCCCAGCCCUGCGCAGCGUCAGCCAUGUGCUGCCACGGAGGAGACGCGAAGCGCUCCUGUGUCUGCGCCCCGUCACAGGCAUGACAGUGACACGUCCUCAGAUAGCUCCAACAGCUCGGACGUCUCCGGCAGCUUGCCUCCCACCUGCCAGGCCACCAAGGAUGUGAAUUACACACAAGUGGUCUUUUCAGCCCCUGGAGGACUAAAAACUGAACCUGCCCUGGACUAUGAGAACAUAAAGGAAACCACAGACUACGUCAAUGUCAAUCCAAAAAGCCACAGGCCCAAUUUCUGGACUUUUGUGACCCCUGCUAACUCUGAGUCGGUAGAAUACACUCAGGUGGCCAUGUGAAUUUUAGGGUUUUCAUGGGGUGCAGUUCUCUACAAAUUCUUGCACUCAUUUUGGAAGGGAAUGACUGUUUUUUGUUUUAUUUUGUUUUGUUUUGUUUUAAACAAGGUGUAGGAGAAUAAGUAGGCCUGUAUCUCACUCAGCAAGCAAGAUUCAGGUCAGCUGUCAAGUAGAACUUCCAGGAUAAGUAUGAAUGAGUGGAGAUAUCAGUAGAGAAAGCGGUAAUGUCUUUCUCCACAGAAAAUUGUGGGGAAAAAAAAUGUUUGAUCAGCUGUAGCAGAGUUCUGUUUGGUAACCUUACCGUUAAAGUGACUCUCCGGGCUUUUUAAUUUUUUGGCAAUAAACAGCUUCCUUAAAAAUUUUAAAUGAAACGGCAACUACCAAUUCCCCUUUUCCUCGUGCCUAACCCUGCACGCUGCCCGUUUUCAGAGCUACGUCUAGCUGAGCAAUCCCGCUCUGCCCUCAGCACUUUAAAUAGGCCACUUAGAAAGCCCGCCAUCAUCCAACCUUCGAAUUCCCUGUUUUUUAGGGAACGAAAGAUGACAGACAGAGUUCUGGGUAAACACCAACUAGCAUCACAAUCUGGGAUUCCAGAGAAAAAUCUCCCCAAAUUCAAUCCAAUGGAAUGUAAUAUUCUUUUCUGGAUUGUUCUUUGUUUGUGUAAAGCCAAUUAGGAAUACAAGGGCACUUUCUUAGCUUGAUUAAAAUAGCUUGUCUCAGGGGCGCCACGGAGGCACAGAUGGUUAAGCAUCAGACUCUUCAUCUUGGCUCAGGGCAUGAUCUCACGGUUCGUGAGUUCGAGUCCCACAUGGGGCUUUGUGUUGACAGCAUGGAGCCUGCUUGGGAUACUCUCUCUCUCUUUCUCUGCCCCUCCCUCUCUCUCUCUCUCAAAAUAAAUAAACAUUAAAAAUAAAAGAAUAGCUUAUCUCAAAUCAGCUGACUUCAUGAUAUUUAUGGGUAAGGACCUAGAACAUAAUUUUAUUGAAUCAUGAAUGGAGUAAGUGUCCACAAACCUGUCGUUUCCUUCAUCUAACAUUGUUCUAGAAGUCCUAAUCGGUACAAUAAAACAAUUGCCCAAAAGAAGAACUGUCAGUACUGGAAAGGAGGAUAAACUUGGUCACUGUUUGCAGACAGUCUAGUCCUACAAAGUCGCAGAGAAUUAACUUCAAAUGUUUUUAAAUUGAUAACACGCAAUAA